AACAACAUUCAUUAUUUUUUUUCAUUCAAUCAAAAGUCUAUGAAUAGAGUUGUACUAGUCAAACGCAAAGUUUUUUUUGUCUAAUUUUAACUGAGAAGAUAAAGUGAUGGCUGCAAUCGAAAGAUUUGAUAUUGAAAAAGUCACAAAAGUAUUUCAAGAGUGUUUGCAGGACGAAGAUGACGUUAUAAUGGAUGAUUAUUUAAAUGCAUACGAGGAAAUAAACAAAUUUUUCUUACUACUUGGAAGCGUUUUUGGCUUUGUGAGCAGUGAUGUUCGCACAAAAAUUGAUAUUUUAACAGCGUUCCGGAGAGAAGCGGAAAAUUCCGAUAAAUUUGUAACGUUCAAAACAAUGAUGUUGUAUGAAAUGGAGGCAGGACUAUUGAAGGAUAGCAAAUAUGUGUCGGGUUGUCGAACACUAUUAAGGCUUCACCGAGGUCUAGAAUUUAUUUAUGAAUUUUUAACCAAACUGGAGGAAGUGGAUAAAAACGAAAAAGUGCAGCAAACAUGUAAAGCCGCAUAUGAAAACACAUUGGCCAAACAUCAUACCUGGGUGAUAAGAAAAGGAGCUCUGGUGGCCAUGUACACAUUACCCACCAAAGAGGAGCUUUUAAAACGGGUCUGUGCUGACGUACCUCUUUCUAAGGAAUUACUUCCGGAAAUGCUAAGAAAUACCAAAAUAGUUUACGAUCGCACAAAUGCCCUGUACAAUCUACACGAUCUUCAUUCGUUACCUUAAAAUAUGCCAAAUAUUGUAGAUAGUAAGCACAAUAUUGAGCAGUUACUUCCUUUUUUAAAUGCCUAUAAGAGAUUCUUUUGCCUAGUAUCUAUUUUGUAUUUUUUUAAGAUUUUCAGUAUUCAUAUCUAUGGCAAUGAAAGUGUGUUGUGCAGCUUUUUGUUUUAUUUAUUUUGCAAUUGUUGUUAUUUAAACAUUCCCAUUUAGUUAUACAUUUACACACACGUACGUUUCCCGUAUUUUUAUGUUAAAAUCAACCAUUUUGCCUUAUAAAGAGCGAACUUUGAAAUUAAUUUUUUUAUUUACAAAUAAAGAUUCUACCGGCGAAACAUUUAA